UCCUUUUCCUCAUUGAGCUAAACAUGGCGAGCAACAGAAUCUUCGGCGCUCUUUCGAGAGUAAAAAACACCGGAUUUCUACUUUCCAGAGGCCAUGUUGCUCAACGAACAAUCAGCCCUGCUGCCGGCUCAGCAUCACUGCACACAAGAUUGGAGGUCAAGAACAAUGUAGCGGUCAUCACGUUAGAUUCGCCAAAUGUCAAGGUGAACUCAUUAAACGAUGAGGUGAUGAAUGAAGUGCACAGCAUCCUGCAGAAAAUCGAGAAUGACCCAAGCGUGCAGGCCGCCGUGCUCAUUUCAGGCAAGCCUGGCUGCUUCAUCGCCGGUGCUGAUAUUAAGAUGUUGCAAAAGUGUAAUACAGUUGAGGAUGCCACGACCGUCUCCAAGAAUGGCCAACGAAUUUUGGCGCAGGUGGAGAACAGCAAGAAGCCGGUUGUUGCUGCAAUUAUGGGAUCCUGCCUUGGAGGAGGCCUCGAGGUUGCCCUUGCUUGUCAUUACCGCAUCGCCGUCAAGGACAAAAAGACCGCUCUUGCUCUUCCAGAAGUGAUGCUCGGUCUUCUACCAGGAGGAGGCGGAACUCAGCGUCUGCCAAAGCUAGUUUCUCUACCCAAAGCAAUGGACAUGGCACUCACAGGCAGGAACCUUAGAGCUGAUGCUGCAAAGAAAUUGGGACUUGUCGACCGUAUUGUUGAGCCUCUUGGUCCUGGACUGAAGGACGGAAAUGAAAGGACAAUGGAGUACUUGGAAGAGGUGGCUGUGAAUGCUGCCAGACAGUUGGCAACUGGAGAGCUUAAAGUAAGCCGCGAAAAAAAGGGCCUUGUUGACAAAGUCCUGAAGUUUGCCCUGAACUACGAAUUUGUCCGUAACCAAAUCUUUGGCAAGGCUAAGGAUGCAGUCAUGAAGCAGACUGGCGGCCUUUACCCAGCACCACUCAAGAUUCUUGAGUGCAUCAGAGCUGGAGUGGAAAAGGGACCUGUUGCUGGCUAUGAAGCCGAAGCCAAGGGUUUUGGUGAAUUAGCAGUCACCCCUGAGUGUAAGGGACUGAUUGGUCUCUUCUACGGCCAAACCGAGUGCAAGAAAAACCGCUUCGGAGCUCACGAGCACCCCAUUAAAACUGUGGCCGUCCUUGGUGCUGGACUCAUGGGUGCCGGGAUUGCCCAUGUGUCUGUUGACAAAGGUUAUGAUGUCCUCUUGAAAGACACCACUCAGGCUGGCUUGGCCAGAGGGCAGAACCAAAUUCAGUCUGGUUACGAUAAAAUGGUCAAGAGGAGGAGGAUUUCUGCGUUCGAGCGAGACCUAAUUUUGAACCACCUGGAGCCAACUCUCAAUUAUGACAACUUCAAGAAGGUCGACAUCGUCAUUGAGGCAGUGUUCGAGGACUUGGCUCUGAAGCACAGAGUAAUCCAAGAAGUUGAGAAGCACAUUCCGGAGCACUGCAUCUUUGCCUCCAACACCAGUGCCCUCCCCAUCACUGACAUUGCCAAGGCUAGCAAGAGGCCAGAAAAGGUCAUUGGCAUGCACUACUUCUCUCCAGUAGACAAGAUGCAACUUCUGGAAAUCAUCACCACCGACAAAACCUCGAAAGACACGACGGCCGCUGCCGUUGCUUGCGGCCUCAAGCAGGGCAAGGUUGUUAUCACAGUCAAGGACGGACCUGGAUUCUACACCACCAGGAUCCUUGCUGCCAUGCUUGCAGAAGCCAUGAGACUGAUGCAGGAGGGUGUUGACCCCAAGGCCCUGGACAAACUGACCAAAACAUAUGGCUUCCCAGUAGGUGGUGCUACCUUGUCUGAUGAGGUUGGCAUCGAUGUUGCCGCUCACAUUGCCGAAUACCUUGGAAAGGCCUUUGGGGAGAGAUUUGCUGGUGGAGACCCCAACGUUCUGAAGGAGAUGGUUGCAAGCGGAUUCCUUGGUCGCAAAAGUGGCAAGGGAUGCUUCAUCUACGAAAAGAACUCUAAGAGCAGGGAAAUUAACACAGAUGCCGUGGCUAUCAUGCAGAAGUACAAAUUGGAGCCCAAGGGAUCAACAGCACCUGAAGACCUGCAGCUCAGGAUGGUCAGCCGAUUUGUCAACGAAGCCAUCAUGUGCCUGCAAGAGGGAAUUUUGGCUAACCCUCUGGAGGGAGACAUUGGCGCCGUCUUUGGACUUGGCUUCCCUCCCUUCACCGGAGGACCCUUCAGGUUUGUCGACCGCUUCGGUGCAGACAAGCUUGCUAGCAAAAUGGAAGAGUACGGCCAGCAUUACGGAAAGCCAUUUGAGCCUUGCCAGCUGCUGAAGGACCACGCCAAGGAUUCCAGCAAGAGGUUCCACAAGUAAACACCUAUGAAUGUUUUAUUUAAAAAAAAAACUAAG